UCAAAUCUUUUUCCAUACCACCUGAUAAAGCAUCUUGAUUCACCAUGGCCGUAUCAGCGGUGAAAUGGGUGAUAUCAAACAGAACUAUUUUGAAACAUUUAUUUCCAAUCCAAAGUGGAACUUUAUACUGUGUUUGUCAUAAAUCCACAUACUCUUCUCUUCUAGAUGACUAUAAUUGCAAACUAGAACUUGCUUUGACAUCUGAUGGCAGGACGAUAGUUUGCUACCAUCCUUCCGUGGAUAUUCCGUAUGAACACACCAAGCCUAUCCCUCAGCCAGAUCCUGUGCAUAAUUAUGAAGAAACACAGGAUCAAAUACUGAAAACCAGAUUAGAAGUAAAAGAUGAACACUUGGAGCAACGACCCAUGAUAGAACAACUUAGCAAAAUGUUCUUUACUACUAAGCACCGUUGGUAUCCUUACGGACAGUAUCAUACACGUCGUAGGAAACUGAAUCCUCCAAGACAGAUGAUAUUGAGGUUUUCAGUAAAAUGCUGUCCUGUUUUCAUUUGCCAUUUGAGAAAAUGCAAUCAGAUAUAUUCACUACUAUGUUAUAUAGUAAAAUAAUAAUAAAAUGUCUUUUCAUCUAA